AUGGCAGAUCACCAGCGCCCUGUCAAAACACGGUUUCUCGUGAUUUCCGACACACAUGGCCUCGAGACGUUUGCAAAGGAUAACCCGAAUCAUACUGUAGACGCCGCCAUCCACUGUGGAGACCUGACCGCAGAGUCCAAGAUUGAGGAAUACAAAGCUUCCAUUCGCCUCCUCCAUACCAUCAACGCACCGCUCAAAAUUGCAAUAGCUGGAAACCAUGACUUCACGAUGGAUAUUUCUGCCUUUCAAAGAAAGGUGGCUGACGUCAAACCACCUUUGGAUCCCACUCUGGUCCAACAGACGUAUGGCUACGAAGGCGAGGCGAGAAAGCUAUUUGACCGAGAAGUUGGAAUUACUUUCCUUGACGAAGGGACUCACGAAUUUCGGUUAGAGAAUGGCGCAAUUAUGAGAGUCUAUGCCAGCCCAUACACACCCUCGCUAGGUGAUUGGGGAUUCCAAUACCACCCUGAUCACGGUCAUGAUUUUUCAAUUCAUAAUGUCGAUGUUGCUAUUACCCAUGGUCCUCCGAAAGGUGUAAUGGAUAUGACUUACUCUGCUGAGAGAGCAGGGUGCCCUUUUCUUUUUGAAGCGAUAGCCCGAGCUCGGCCUCGUAUGCACUGCUUUGGUCACAUCCAUGAAGGCUGGGGAGCCAAGCUUAUCACUUGGCGCCAGAAACCGAGUGUCAAGCCUUCGCAUUUGACUGAUAUCGACAACGAGAGGUCCAUGAUAAUAGAAAAAUUAUCUACAAUGCGGAAAAAGGUGGCCAAAAUUCCCACGGGGCUUUUCUCCACCAGCCAUUGCUGUUUUGAUCCAAGCCCGCUCAAGAUGGGCUUGCAGACCCUUUUUGUGAAUGCUGCAAUCGAAGGGGAGAAAGCUCUACCAAUACAACCAGCAUGGAUCGUGGAGCUAGAUCUCCCACCAGCAUGA